AUGAUACCAAUAUUUUCCAAGAAAAUACUCAGCCGGUCAAAGCCAGCGGGUGACAAUCGAGGCAGCGGCAGCGUCUCAGCCAAAAAAACAUUUCCAGAACUCGAAGACUUUAUCUUGAAGAGGGAUUAUGUUGGCGCUAUCACUAUGCUGGAGUUCUUAAAACACGAGGGCAACGCAGACGUGUGGGUGUCUGUGUGGACGGCGUGGUGUUGGUUCCACUUGGCUGAGUACAAGCGAGCGUUGGACGAGUAUCUCGCAGUGCGGACGAGGGACAAGCUCGACCCGCGCGUCGCUGACAACGUCGCUCUCGACAUCGCUGUUUGUUACUUUUAUUUAGGCAUGUACAAAGAGUCUCAGGAUACUGUGGAGGAAGCACCGAAGUGUCCACUAAAGUGUCGGCUGCAGUUCCACCUGGCACAUAAGCUGGGUGAUGAGGAGGAGCUGAUGCGAGCGCAUGGAGUCCUGCGAGACGUGCCUGAGGACCAGCUAAGUCUGGCCUCUGUGCAUUAUCUGCGCGCUCACUACCAAGAGGCCAUCGAUGUCUACAAGAAACUGCUGCUGGAGAGACGCACAUACAUGGCAUUGAAUGUGUACGUAGCGUUGUGUUACUACAAGUUGGACUACUACGACGUGUCCCAGGAGGUUCUGGGCGUGUAUUUGGCACAGCAUCCUACUUCCACUGUAGCUGGCAACCUGAAGGCUUGCAAUCUGUUCAGAUUAUACAAUGGUAAGGCAGCUGAGAGUGAAUUGAAACAAAUAUCGUCGGAUCAGCACACUUUUGGGCAAGAUUUAGUGAAGCAUAAUCUUGUAGUGUUCAGAAAUGGAGAAGGCGCUUUGAAAGUGCUUCCAGAAUUAGUAGACGUGGUGCCCGAGGCUCGCCUGAACCUGGCCGGCUACCGGCUGCGGCACCGAGAGCCGCUGGAGGCGCGGGGUCUCCUGGAACCCCUGCAACCCACAUCGCCGCUGCAUUACAUACUGCGGGCCGUGGUGGCAGUGCGGCUCUACAACGAGACUGGGGAUGAGGAACAGUUGAAGCUGGCGCAGCAGAGUUUCCACCUGGUGGGCAGCUCGGCAUCCGAGUGCGACACCAUCCCCGGGCGCCAGUGCAUGGCCUCCUCCUACUUCCUGGCGGGACAAUUCGAGGAGGUCCUGGUGUACCUCAACUCCAUCAAGAGCUUCUUCGUCAACGAUGACACUUUCAACUUUAACUAUGCUCAGGCAAAAGUAGCGACAGGAUUGUACCGCGAGGCGGAGGAGUGUCUCUUGGCCGUACAAGACGAGACGGUGCGCAGUUCCUUCACGUACCUGGCCUGCCUCUGUCGCUGCCACGUCAUGAAUAAGGAGGCUCACCGCGCGUGGGAGAUCUGCGUCAAGUCCGCUGGUACACCGGACAGCUUCGCGCUGCUGCAGUUAGUAGCAAACGACAGCUAUCGAAUGGGACAGUUCCUCGUCGCUGCCAAAGCUUUCCACAUGCUGGAUAGGUUGGACGGCGGACCGGAGAUGUGGGAAGGCUUGCGCGGGGCGGUAUGCGGCUGCGCCCAGCUAGCCGCCGCCGACGCACCCAACGCCGCCGCCCAGCUGCGAGACGCGCUGGCGCUGCUGCGCGGGCCCGGGGCGCCGCCGCGAGCCGCGCACAUUGCGCGCCCCAUCACACGCUGGGCGCAACAGAAAAGGAUACCGGUGUGAUCUACUGCUACUACAAUAAAUAAUUCCUCACAA